GCGUGGUUUGCUCGCGAUAUUUGCUAAUCAGUAUUGUUGCUUGGACUGUGUAUCUUUCGGUGGUUUUCUUCAGUUUUUUUCGUAUCUUUGUGAUUUGGCGUGUACAGAGGAAGAUCCUAGUUGUAUCUAAAAGUGUGCAGCUAAGGAGAGAAUCAAGCACAAGGAAAUGGCAAAAGCUUGAAGAAGAUAUGCUGAAUCGUUUGACACCAUCAAACAUCAGGAAGUUGGAGAAAAGCGCAGCAGCUCGAUAGGCGGCUAAGAUCAUUGACCAAUACUCCGAUCCAGCUGAGUCCACGCCUGUCACUCUAUCCAGUUUUACCUUGGUUAGGGAUUUCCUGUUCACUCAAAUCUUUAUAGACAAUGCCAAUCGACCAGGUGUCCUAGCACAUAAUGACGAUGGAGGAAUUUACAAACAUCCGAAAGCAAGAUGACUAUUACCUCAUAACAGUGAAGAAGCACAAAACUGCACAUGUUCAUGGACCAGCUCGUGUUGUAUUGAGUGAAAAACUGAAGGCGUGGCUGUCAAUAUUCGUUGGCAUAAUGCGAGCCCAUGUUACCACCCGAAUGAAUGGCCCAGUAUUCAUAUCCUGGAACGGAAACCCUAUGAAUUCUGUGCACAUCACUAAGGCAGUACAAUCUGUCUUUAAAAAAGCUGGAGUGGAUGUUAAAGUAACAUCGACAUCGUUUCGGAAAGCAGCAGUGACGAAAGUUAAUGUCGAUAAGCCAGAGAUGAGUGCGAAAUUGGCUAGCCUUAUGGCUCACAACGAAGCGACGGCAAAGAGAUAUUAUCUCCUGACAGAGAAAUCCAAAACUUCCAUAGAGGCUUCACGAAAUCUUGGUCGCCUGAUGCGAACUGAUGACGAGUGUGGAGAUAACAUUGAGACUCCUUCAUAUGGCAGUUCAUUUAGCUACGUUAAAUACGAGAAAUACAACGGGUCAAAGACAAGAUUCUCUCCACGGAUUCUGCGUAGAAGGAUCGACUUGCUUUUUCCGGACAAAGAAGUCUAUUAAUGAAGUAUGAAUAUUUAUGGAAGACGAAAUCCGAAUUGCAAUUCUCUAAUGAAUACAUUUGUCAUUGGAAUAUGGGUAAGUGAUGCUCAUAAAUAAACUUUCAGUCUUCAAGCAGGCCACUCUCCCGUCGGAUUUAUUGAAAAAUGACCAGCACAUACAUAUAUCAGAUGGGAUUCAGCAAAUAUAGGGUAGGGUCGCAGCUCCUCGCAAGAACGAUUUUCAUGGGCUAAACUUUACAAUACAUUUCUGUUUCAACCAAUAGCAUAGCUUCGUUCUUUAGAAAGCAUAGAAAAGCAUUAUCCAAUUGGACGAAAGCUUCCGAGCUCUGCGUAUUGAAGCAAAAUAUGUAAAGAUUUCCUGCGCGUGUUAUUUUCUUCAUCAUUGAUCGAGUCAUUAUCAAAGUAGUUUUCCUGAAUAGAAAUCGCGAUAUGCUCAAUAUCAUAUUUAUAAUUCACCCUUAACAAGGGCAUGCAAGUUCUCAUAACAUACCUCAGACUUGAAAUUAAAAUUCCAAUUUACAAUUGGUAGAAAAACGAACCCUUUUUUCACAGAAUUUUAGAAUUAUUCCAGUGCCGAGUUAUAUGGAAUAAAGAAAAGGGUAUGCAGUCUUGACGAGGAACUGCCUUCUCAUUGGUUGAUUUUUGAUGAAAAACGGCUUCUGAGAGCUCUGCAUCAUUUUCCGCCUUUAUUAUCUAUAGUCACCAAUUUUGUCGAAGGUCGCCUUACAAUUUAACAUGAAAUAUUGCUGUGCCUUCUAUAAAUGGCCAGCAAUACAAUAUGCACACGCAACCAAAGGAAUGCACCCGAUUAGGUUAAAUAAAUGCCGCUAUUCUAUUUCUCUUUUAAAAACCCGCUUAGACCAGUUCAUGCCCCUUGCUUCAACGUUUUAGGUGCAAAGUAAUACGGAAAGAUGCAAUUUAGGUGCCAUAGAGGAGUGAAGUUAGGUUUUGCUAUAAAAAUUUAAGUUUAAAAAAGAGAAAGUUAUCAAGAGUUAUUAAGGAAUAUUUAGGUAGUUUAGCUAUAUUAAAACGAACCAUGUUUACUCGACAAAAUGCAUGUGUGAUAGACAGUAAAAAGACACUGCAUGUUAAGAAUUAAAGUUUUUAUUGUCAAUAAAAAUAUAUCUCCAUGAA